AUGUCUGCAUCAACAGAAAAUCAAACUCUAUCACCAUUACUUGAUACAAUCGAUAUUCUUAAUGAAACAAAUAUAACCAACAAAGAAGCAUUUGUUGUACGUACUGAUGGCAUGUUAUUAUCCUAUUCAUUUCUUGUUCUUGCUGCAUUAUUAUGCGUUUAUUUUGGUUCAUUUCGAUCGAUAAUACAUAAAGAUAAACAAAAAAAAUCUGGAGAAAAACCCGAUGUACUUACAGCUAAAGAUGCGGCUAUGUUUCCUUUUAUUGCAAGUGGAUUUUUAUUUGGUAUUUAUCUUGUUAUAUUACUUGUUUCAAAAGAAUAUAUAACAUUUGUUUUAAAUAUCUAUUUUUUUCUUAUUGGUAUAAUUGCACUUUAUCGUGCUAUACAUCCUAUUACUACUCGAAUACAUUUACCAUUAUUUAAUAAACUUCGUGAACGACAAUUUCAUGUUAAAAUAUCAGAAAAUAAUGCUUUAAAUAAUGAUAUAAUGCAUAUAGAUUUUAAAUUUAAUUUUAUUGAUAUAAUAGCAUUAUUUUUUUGUGUACUAAUUGGUGUUUGGUAUUUACUUAAACGUCAUUGGAUAAGUAAUAAUAUAUUUGGUAUUGCUUUUUCAAUAAAUGCAAUUGAAAUUCUUCAUUUUAAUAAAGUUAUUAAUGGAUGUAUUUUACUUGGUGGUUUAUUUAUUUAUGAUAUCUUUUGGGUUUUUGGUACAAAUGUUAUGAUUACAGUAGCAAAAUCAUUUGAUGCACCAAUUAAAUUAAUUUUUCCUCAAGAUUUAAUUGAAAAUGGAUUAUUUGCUGCAAAUAAAUUUGCUAUGCUUGGACUUGGUGAUAUUGUUGUUCCUGGAGCAUUUAUUGCUUUAAUGCUUCGAUAUGAUAUGACACGUAAUUCACUAUCAAAACGUUAUUUUAAUGUUUCAUUUAUAGCUUAUAUUAUUGCAUUAUUAAUAACAAUUCUUAUACUUCAAAUAUUUAAGCAUGGUCAACCAGCAUUACUUUAUAUUGUACCACUUUGUGUUGGUUUUCCAUUAAUAACAGCAUUAAUUUGUAAAGAUUGGACAACAAUGUUUGCAUAUGAAGAUCAUCCAUCAACGAAUGAAAAAAUUGAAGAGAAAAAAGAAUAA